ACUAGUAAGUGUUUUGCGCUUCGAACGACCUGAGGUGUUUCGGGUGACACCUUGCUUUAAUAACAGAAGAGUGCUAAUACUGUCCAGAUCUUGAACUUCGACGCUCUGCCAGAAAGGUCAUCAACAGCACCAUCACUCGACCUUCAGACUCCAAAGCCCUUCCCGGUGUUUCUGUCGGUGUCAAUUGCAUCCAAGGAAGUGAAACCACACCAUAUGGUCGUCGUCGUCGUCGUGAUGCUACUUGCUCAAGGUUAACGUGGCGACCCCCGUUGCUCAAAUGGACUCAAGAUGCUGUGUGAACUCUUUAGGUCCAAUCGUUAUUAUUGCUAGUCAGUGCCAGUUGACUUUUGAGGUGUAAGGAGGAAGUUUGUGCGUCUGCAUCACCGGAUUGCGGAAGACUUGAACGGCGAAAAGUGAGCUCCGAAAAUGUCCUUCCUGCGCAACAUUCGUAACAAUCUGACCAACAGCGGCCAUCGGAGUGGAAAAUCCACCAAACCUGCACCGGUAGCAGCGCCAGCCCGAAGUAUCAUCAGUGAACGGAACAACAACCGCAGCGGAAACGAAUCCGAACGAUACGGCUAUGACACGUACGGUUCGCGCAGGGAUAGCGGCACCAGCCGACGGGGCAGCAAUUCGACGACGCUGAAGCGGGAUUCAAAGUACGGCAAAGAGUCUCCGGCACCGAUCAUCGUCUACGUGGACAAGUAUGAGAAGGUAAAGAAGCCCGCCGGAAUCCUAAGGAAGAAUACAUUCACCAAGGGUGACCGAGAAGAUAGCGGGCGGUUCGGGAAUGCGAUCAGUCGCAGCGACACGUUCACCAUCAAUGAGCUGGAGGAUGAGAAGGCGAGGACCAGUACUUAUACGAAAAAGAAGAAUAAGGAUAAAUCUCCGGAAUCCACUGUAUCCAAGAACAUGGAGCACGAAUCUCAGGAGAACAUCCCUGUAGUGGUUGAUACUCGUACGUUUCGGAAGAAAUCGUUGAAAUCGUCCAAGCCUGUACAGAAGGUGGAAAGUUUCAUGAAAAGGGUCGAAAAGAGUCUAUUCAAACAGGACUCCAAGAAGAAUGUCCGAAAGGAUUCCAACUCUUCGGUCGGUGCGUAUGUCCCGCAGUUUCGAGACAUUGGCAUCAACUGCAAGCUGGACGAAGAGGACAAACAAAAGACUAGAAAGAAACGUACCGGGUCACGGGAUUCGCUGUUGGAAACAGCUAAUCUAGAGCACAGUUCAUCGUCACAAAGAAGUUACCGAGAAAGAAGUUCAACGCCCCUGCAGCAUAAGAAUCGGGCGAGAAGUGCUUCUCCCACGAAGAGGUAUGCUACGUAUGAUCGUAAAGAGAAUAUCAACAGUCGUGAUGAGCCACCUGCUAUACCGGAAAGACUUCGCAGAGGUCAUGAGCGUAGUUCAUCGCCGUUCGAAACCUUAGAAUUGAAAUCCAAGUCGGCAAACAACAGUUAUCUAAAGGCUCGUCAGAAAGAAAUCGAAAUGGGCUACAGCACCGUGAACAAGAAAGCUCAAAAUCGUAGUCCCGAUCAAAACAAAUCCAUUCUUGUCAAUACGACUCGUACCGAUCGAUACGAUCCGGAUCAUGGUCGAAGCUACACUGUUACAACUAGCACUCACCGUGUCGAGUUUGACCGGCCACCUCAGUUCCGGUCCGAUACCUACAACACUCUUAAGGAAGAAUACGAACAAGUGAAUCGCAAACCCGUUGGCAUAGCCAGUCCACGGCUGAGCACGGAUCGGCCAGCCAAACAUGAAACGCAACAGUCUCCACCCAAACCACCUCGGAAGGAUUCAACUGAGCUACCGAAGUACACCUUCGGUACCAACCUUCAAGAGCGACGAAGUCGCUUCCAGCAGUUCCAAAAGUCGUUCAAGAAAAUGGAUGACGAGAGCAGCGUGGUGACCGUCCAGCAGAGCUUCUUCGUACCAAUCUAAAACUCUCGAUUUGAAACUAACUAACCGGUCGGCCCCGGAACGACAAAGACUUGCUAAUGUAUGCGCUUUCUUCUUGUAGGAUUCGAGUACUAAUUAAGCUACUAGCGAAAAAAGAAUAAAAAUUUACGAUGCUCCCCGCA